GUCACUGGAUACCAGCGAAAUUACUGGCGAAAAUCUUAAAUGCGCAAAGGCGAACCACAAGAAGACCAAGGUACCUACUGUCUAACAACCACGACUACAACAACGAGAAAACCAACAACCACAACCAAAACUACAACCACACUAACUACAACUAAACCAACUGCAACGACGCCAACUACAACCACGCUAACUACAACUACAGCCUCACCGACUACAACGACGCCAACUACAACUACAGCCACGCCGACUACAACCACGCAGACUACAACCACGCCGAAUACAAUGCCGCCAACUACAACCACGCCAACUACAACCACCCCGACUACAACCACACCAACUACAACCACACCGACUACAACCACGACAACUACAACCACGCCUACUACAACCACACCAACCACAACCACACCAACCACAACCACACCAACCACAACCACACCUACUACAACCACUACGACUACAACCACACCGACUACAACCACGCCUACUACAACCACGCCUACUACAACCACACCUACUACAACCACUACGACUACAACCACACCGACUACAACCACUACGACUACAACCACUACGACUACAACCACGACAACUACAACCACCGAAAGAGUAUACGAACAAGAAGCUCCAAUUGAUGGAGAAUAACCACGACUACAACAACGGUAAUCCAACAACCACGAGAUCACCAACAGCCACGCCGAUUACAAUCACACCGACUACAGCGACGUCGACUACAACCACGUCGACUACAACCACGUCGACUACAGCCACACCGAUUUCUACUAUGUUGACUACAACCACACCGAAUACAGCCACUCCGACUACAACUGCAGGCACGCCGAGCACAACCCCUACCACCGAAAAGUUAUAUGAAAAUUAAGCGCAAGGUUAAGGUUAAAUAAAUAAAUAAGGUUAUGGUGGUGCAGUCACGAGCAUUAAUAUGUUUACACUUUGGUACCAUGUCACAUUAACUUUUUUGACAAAUGGAACUGUGAGUCUCACUAAUUAUCAAAUAUGUUAGUGCGACAGAGUCCUAAAUUGGGUACAAUCUAUUGCUCAUGACUGUACAGAUCUAAACCAAUGAUUGUCGAAUUUGUUUUCGAAUUCAUGUUUGGAUCAUAAAUGAUUAUCACGUGCUCAGCGGUGAAGGAAAACAUCGUAAGGAAACCCACAUACCCGAGAAAUGCGUUUCGGAGGUAUGUGGCCUAAACUGUAUGGGGCUGGUUUUCCCUUAGCUCGAUCAUGUGUUUCUAUAUAAAAUAUUAAAAAUACAAUUGAUUCUCCUUACUUUGUUAACAAAAUUUUGUUUUUAAAGUGUCGCAUAUAUACAGAUAUAUAGCUGGCUUCUUUACCAUAUAUUUUAUAGCGUUAAAGAAUUUUUAUCCCAAAAAUAUUGAAUUGGAAAAAUGUGGUGUAAAUGAUAUAAAUGAUAAUUGAUUUAUUGGAAAUGUUUAUGUAACAAUAUUUGCAUGCUAUUGUUGAUAGCUGAUAAGGAGAGACUUUUAUGAGCAUCCAUCUAAUAAUGUAUCCUUUUCAAAAGCAAAUAAAGAGUAUUUCUAUUUCUAUUUCGCAGCGUUAGACUUCGUCCCAAUUCUAUCAAUUUUGCUAUUCCUUUUUUGCAGAACGAAUUAUCUAAAGCACCGUUUUACAGUUAGAUCUUGUAGCAAAUAUAAUGAUAAAUACAAUAGCAUUGACAUAUUUCAUCUUAAGCACAAUAAAUUUGUAUCUGCCCUCAAAGCGUUAAAACAGAUAUAACAUCAACUUUUCUUUUCUUUUCUUUUCUUUUCUUUUCUUUUCUUUUCUUUUCUUUUCUUUUCUUUUCUUUUCUUUUCUUUUCUUUUCUUUUCUUUUCUUUUCUUUUCUUUUCUUUUCUUUUCUUUUCUUUUCUUUUCUUUUCUUUUUAGUAUUACUUACUUAGUUAAGUAUUGUAAAUUAUUAAUUUAUUACUUCUGUCUACUUCUC